CCUGGGCACUCAAUGGAAGGAUUUUCGCUUUCAAUUUCAUCACUCUGUAAAAUGGCAAUAUGUCAACUCCUAUUUUAUUCGUAACGACUGACUCGCACUCGCAUCCGACGGCCCACAGGCCAGGCCGGUCGUCGUCGGUGCGCUGCUGCUGGCUGUUAUUUCUGUAGCUAGGUUGAAUAUAUGUUUUCAUUUACUAUUUACAUCUUUGCUCCUGAAUUAAUCUCAGUCAAAGAAGUAAUUGAUCGUAUACGUCAAGGUUCUUCGUGCUCGUCGGUUUUCUGAUCAACAUAUAUUUAGGGUCUUGAAUAACCAUACAACUUGUAGGUUAUUCUCCAUCAAAACAACUUUGCCUUUUGUUGGAAAGGUGUUUUCACACUCAAUCAGGAUGACUACUCUUCGUCCAUUCACCUGCAUGGAUCUAUUGAAGUUCAAUAACGUGAACUUGGAUCCAUUGACUGAAACUUUUGGCCUUGCAUUCUACAUGCAGUACCUGGCCCACUGGCCUGAACAUUUUCAGGUAGCAGAAUCACCAAGUGGAGAAAUAAUGGGAUAUAUAAUGGGCAAAGCAGAAGGUCUAGGCGAAAACUGGCAUGGUCAUGUUACUGCACUCACAGUAUCGCCUGAUUAUCGCCGCCUUGGGAUGGCUGCAACCCUAAUGUCUUGGCUUGAAGAAGCCUCUGAAAAGAAACAAGCUUAUUUUGUGGACCUCUUUGUGCGAGUUUCUAACAAAGUCGCAAUUCAAAUGUACAAGCAAUUGGGUUACAUUAUUUAUCGCACAGUUUUAGAAUACUAUUCAGGAGACCCUGACGAGGAUGCUUACGAUAUGAGGAAGGCAUGUUCACGAGAUGUGAAUAAACAGUCUGUGAUUCCAUUAAUCCACCCUGUGCGUCCAGAAGAUGUUGACUAAAUUUCAACUGUAAUUUAAGACUAAAUAAUAUUUAUUUCCAUAUGCUAAAAGCAAAGUAGUUUGCUGGUUUGUACUAAAAAAAGAUAUUUUACGAACCAA